AUGGAGCGGAUGGAGUCGAUGGAACCGAUCUCGGUUUACUACACCACGGAUUACCCGGAGAUCCAGCCCGAGAGCGGCUACGGAUCCACAGACACCGCCGACAACCAAGCAAAGACUCCCCCAGCUCCGGUAUAUGACGAGGAGUUAGUGCACAAGACAAUCCUGGUUGGGGACAGUGGAGUGGGAAAGACGUCCCUGUUGGUGCAGUUUGAUCAGGGAAAGUUCAUCCCCGGUUCCUUCUCUGCCACAGUGGGCAUCGGAUUCACGAAUAAAGUGGUGACUGUUGACGAUGUCAAAGUUAAACUACAGAUUUGGGACACAGCAGGGCAAGAAAGGUUCAGAAGUGUGACACAUGCAUAUUACAGAGAUGCACAUGCUUUGCUCCUCCUGUAUGACAUCACCAGCAAAUCCUCUUUUGAUAACAUCACGGCAUGGUUAACAGAGGUCCAUGAGUAUGCACAGAGCGAUGUAGUCAUCAUGUUGCUGGGCAACAAGGCGGACAUGAGCAGUGACAGAGCAAUCAAGAGAGAUGAAGGAGAGAGGCUUGCCAGAGAGUACUCAGUUCCCUUCAUGGAGACGAGUGCCAAGACAGGAGUCAACGUAGAGCUGGCCUUCACUGCUGUGGCUAAGGAACUGAAGCACCGGUCCGUCCAGCACCCCAAUGAACCCAAGUUCCAGAUUCAUGAAUACAUUGAAGCAAAGAAGGAGAAGUCAGGCUGCUGUAGCUACUUCUAA